UUCAAACAAACAAAAUAAAAACAAACGAAACGAUUCAAUUCGAAUUGAAAAGGAUUAUAAAUCAAAUAAGAUCAAAUUCUAGUUAAAAUUUUAGUCCAUGAGUAUAGCCAAAACAGUGUUAAAACUCUUUAGAAACUACUUUUCCCUCGGUCUUCGAUUCAAGAUGGUUCGCCACUUCGAAAACCCGUACGAAGACUACAAAGCCGGCGAAGUCAAUAUAGAAAGCUCGGGUAUUUGCCGGCAGAUCGACCAGCACGUGAAGACCAUACUGACGCGCCUGCCGCCGCUGCACCGGCACGUGGACGGCGGGCUCUACGUCGGCGUCGGCGGCGUCGCCUACAUGUUCUACCAUCUCGCUAAGAACCCUCUCUUAUCGGCGAACAAGAAGCACUACGUCGAAAAAGGCAUCGAGUACAUCAAGCCAGCUCUAGAGACCACGACCGGCGACAAAACCUCGUUCCUGUUAGGAGACGCCGGCACUUACGCGGUCGCAACUGUUCUGCUCAAGGAAAAGGGAGACCCUGAGUACAAAAACACCCUCAGUAAGUACCAGGCACUGUAUAGAACCUUUUUAAACCCUUCCAUGUUGAAGUGUGGGUCAGAUGAGUUCUUUGUUGGUAGAGCUGGCUACUUGGCUGCAGCUUUGUGGCUAACUCGAGAGUUGCAGGCACCUGUGUUCACUAAAGAAGAGCUUUAUGCUCUGUGUGAUGUGAUUGUGGAGUCUGGACGGAUGUACUCUGACCAACACAGCAGUCCGUCCCCUCUGAUGUACCACUACUACAACACAGAAUACCUCGGCGCAGCACAUGGAAUUGCAGCUAUAUUACAGAUGCUCCUGUCUGUACCAGGAUACCUUGAGUCCAACAGGGUAGCAGCUGUUGAUAUAAAGAAUACCGUCACCUAUCUAGCUAAGUUGCAGACUCCAGAGGGCAACUGGCCUUGUUGUAUGGAAGAAAUCAGUCAUGCAGAUCACAAGCUUGUGCACUGGUGUCACGGGGCUCCGGGAAUGGUAUAUCUCAUGGCAAAAGCAUUCCUUGUGAUGAAGGACCGCCUAUACCUGGACGCCUGCAUCAAGGCAGCCGACCUGGUGUGGGAGAAGGGCCUGCUUCGUAAAGGACCAGGUAUAUGCCAUGGAGUGGCCGGCAAUGGAUAUGUUUUCCUACUUCUGUACCGUUUAACUGGAGAUGUCAAGUACUUGUACAGAGCAAAAGUGUUUGGUGAAUUCAUGAGUUCAGAAUUGUUUCUGAAGGAAGCAAGAGUGCCGGACAAUCCUCAGACCCUGUACGAAGGCACUGCUGGAGCUGUCUGCUAUUUAUCUGAUCUUCUAGUACCUGAGAAGGCAGAAUUUCCCUUCCAAGAUGUGUUUUCUUAAAUUGUUGACUGUUACCACCUAGAUCUGACUGUACACUAGCAUAGACUCAUGUUUAUUUAUUACAAAGAUUUCCCAUUUACAAUAAUGA